CAGGCAUGGCAGUCGAUCACCGAUAGAUUCAUAAUCACAACAGAGCCGCACAGACAGCUGGAGACACCCGACAGAUCUGCUCAGAAGUUCCUUGACAAGUCACCAAUAAGUUUCCUUGGACUUUUCAUCAACAGUUGGAUGUUAUGGCGGACAGUGAGGACAUCUUUCUCAGGGCUAAACAUCGGACCUUCAGCGGACUGACUGAAGAUGUGGAGAGCAAGUGGACCGGCCCUUUUUUCUUCAUCCAGGCGGCUGACCCCCAGCUGGGGCUGAUGAAGGCCUGGAAAGAUGGCGAUUGUGACGGAGGAGGGGACGAGUGGGCGGAGGAGGUGGAGCUCACCAAGCAGGCGGUGGAGGCCGUGAACCAGCUGAGACCCAGACCCAGGUUCAUGGUGCUGUGUGGGGACCUGGUGCACGCCAUGCCAGACACCCCAUUCAGAGACGGUCAGGAGCGGGACCUGAAGGAGGCCCUGAAGGGGACGGACCCCUCCAUCCCGCUGGUGAUCGUCAGUGGGAACCAUGACCUGGGUAACACCCCCACCGCCAGGACGAUGGAGCAGUUCUGCACUGCCUGGGGGAACGACUACUUUAGCUUCUGGGUGGGUGGAGUCCUCUGCCUGGUUCUCAACUCCCAGCUGUUCUACGACGCCUCGGCCUGCCCUCAGCUGAAGGAGGCCCAGGAGACGUGGCUGGAGGAGCAGCUGAGCCGAGCCUCCUCCUCAGCGGAACCCAAACCCAAACACGUCCUGGUGUUCCAGCACAUUCCUCUGUACCUGAAGACCCCCGAUGAGGAGGACGACUACUUCAACCUGAAGAGGAAGGUCCGACAGAGCCUGCUGGACCGGUUCAAGAGGGCAGGGGUGAAGGCGGUGUUCUCGGGGCAUUAUCACCGGAACGCCGGCGGCUGCCACGACGGACUGGACAUGGUGGUGAGCUCGGCCAUCGGCUGCCAGCUGGGCGACGACAUGCACGGCCUCCGGGUGGUGGUGGUGACCGCCGACGCUAUCGUGCACCGCUACGUCAGCCUGGAGCAGCUGAGCGCGGGGGGCAUGGACGAAGACCUCCGGAAGCUGCUGCAGGGCUGAAGGUCAGAGGAGGGGGGAACUGGGGCUCGGAAAACUGGGAGAAAUCUCAGUUUCUUUUUAGUUUUGAUUAUGCCGCUCUGAGCCCUCUGUUCUGCGAGGCACACAAGAAGGAUUUACAUGUUGUAUUUCUCUUUAGAGUCCUUCCAUAAUGUUGUCAGACUGAAACUAAUAGACAUCAUUUAGCAUUUGAUUUUAAUGGACAUACAUUGACUGUUGCACACACAAACUUCCAUGCUGAAAAACACCAACGUUUCCCCCUUUAAAACCAACAAUGAAACUACAUGCCAGCUAACACUCUCAAAUGUACAGGGUUUUAUUUCCUCUCCGCCCCUGCCGACUCAAAAGGGGCCACAAAGGCAUAUACAACCGUGUUUGAAGUCAGCUGUUGUCCGUGUGACUUCAAAUCCAUCCAAACUUUUGCAUCGUUAAGGAAAACUUGGCUAAAUUCUCUUCAGGAAUGUUUAAAGACUGUUGAAAGGCAUUAUGGGAAAUGUAGGAAAUCGUACUGUAUAUAAAAGUGGAUCGGACAGGUUGAUAAGAAGGAUUUAGUUUAAUGUUCUGUCAGUAUUUAAAGGUUGAACUUAUCUGGAAUGACCCUAAAUAUCCAGCAGUUUUCCCUGUGCUUGCUUUUGCUGCAAACUAAUCACAAACCAUAAUGUGUGUGUGUGUUUGUCCGGUACGAUGUUAAGCUGUAGAGCUUCUCCUGACUUGAUAAGACGAGAACAUGUUUUAGGUAGUCGUUCAAUAUGUGUUUGCUUGAUAAGAUCCGUAUCAAUUGCAACAAAAAUGAGGAUGUUUUUUUUACUUAAAGGUAGUAAUACUAAGGAACUCAGUCCUAGUUUGAUAAAGAAAUGUUCAAAUCUGAUUUCUUUCUUCAAUUAAGGCACCUUUUUUGAUAAAUGCUAUAGCCCUAGCUUCUGGGACGAGUAAGCAGUCUUUUCUUUUACAGUUAUAUCAUUUAUAUGAGAAAAGCAGCAGUCGGACAUUUGCAUUUUGCAUUAGAGGUUACAAUAACUCAAUGAAGCUCUGAUACAAAGUCAGGACAGCUCUCCUCUUAGCGAGGGUAAAGGAAAUCAAACCAAAAUGGAUGAAAAUGAACACCAUCUACUAUGUGAAGACAGUACCAGGAAUAAGGAUCCCUUAGAAACACCAGUAAUAAUCAUUUCCUCUCUCUUUAAUGUGUGUGCUUGUUGGGCAGCAGACUUUGAAACCCAUUACUCUGAAUUAUUAUGUGUUGCAUGUUGGUUCUCUGUGGAUCGAACCGAUGCGAGGAAAAUAUUUCAUCAUUGGACCAGGAAUUAAAAUCUGGAUCUGUGAAGCAACACUGAAACCUCACCUCAUCAGCGCAGUUACAUUAGAGUCCCUAUAAUGAAGGAAAUACGGCGCACUUCACAAACUAUGAAGCUUAGGUCCUUGCUGGGAUCUCAGUUAAAACAAACACAACCCAAAAACGUUCCCAGGUAACGAAUAACUGAAUUAAACAGGAUAAAGAAAUACUUCAAAAAAUCCAAAAAUAAAGUUGAAAAUAAACAAAAAUUAAAUAAGAACUAAUGGGAAUUAAAGAAGAAUACAAUAAGAAUAGAAUCAUAUCAACUAAAGAGUGUAAGUCAGUGUUAUAAUUGUCUUUCUUUUGUUCAGUCACCGCUGAGACGCAGCUGCAGGCUCAUACAGAAACUCACGUCUUUAAAGCGACGAUUCUGCAAGAAAUGACUUUCUCUCUGAGCCCUAAAUGACUCUACUCCAUUGCACUAUCCACACACACACACACACACACACACACACACACACACACACACACACACACACACACACACACACACACUCAUAGUGACCCACUGAGUUGUCAUGGCAACCCUUUAGCAACACAUCCAUGUCUGGCUGUGUGUGUGUGUGUGUGUGUGUGUGUGUGUGUGUGUGGUCUGUAGGUGAUUUUCCAUCAGUGACCUCAUUUCACACUGACGGUUCUGUCUCUAUUCCGAAAAGUCAAAAUGUG